CCGGCACAACCCCCAUAGAUACGCAUCUCUCUGAAUCCUUCAGAUUGAGAUAACGCCUGUGAGCGCAGCUGCAGCUUCGGUGUAGAUCCCAGCAAUGGCCGAGAGUGCCGCGACUUCCACCGCCACGACUCUCCCCGUCAGAGACAUCCCCGGUGACUACGGCAUCCCCUUUGCCUCCGCCAUACGCGAUCGCCUCGACUUCUACUACUUCCAGGGGCAGGACAAGUUCUUCCAGACGCGGGUCGACAAAUACCACUCCACCGUCGUCCGCUUAAACGUGCCACCGGGCCCGUUCAUGGCCAACGACCCCCGGGUCAUUGCCGUCCUCGACGCCAACAGCUUUCCUAUUCUGUUCGACGUCUCCAAGGUGGAGAAGAAGGACGUCUUCACCGGUACCUACAUGCCCUCCACCUCCCUCACCGGCGGGUACCGCGUCUGCUCCUACCUCGACCCAUCCGAGCCCAACCACGCCAAGGUGAAGCAGCUCCUCUUUAACAUCCUUGCCUCCCGCAAGGACGCCGUCAUCCCGGCCUUCCGCACCAACUUCACCGCCUUGUUCGAGACGAUGGAGUCGCAGGUCACCGCCGCCGGCAAGUCCGACUUCAACAAGCUCAACGAUAACACUUCCUUCGACUUCCUCGGCGAGGCCUACUUCGGCGUCCGUCCCUCAUCGACGGCUCUCGGCUCCACCGGCCCGACCAAGUCCACCAAGUGGCUCUUCCUCCAGCUGUGCCCCCUGAUGACCCUCGGCCUCCCCAAGAUCCUGGAGGAGCUGCUGCUCCACACCUUCCCCCUCCCGCCCCUCAUCGCCAAGUGCGACUACAAGGCGCUGUACAAGUACUUCAGCAGCGUGGCCGGGAGCGCCCUCGACAGCGCCGAGAAGCUGGGUCUCAAGCGCGACGAGGCAUGCCACAACCUCCUUUUCGCCACCGUCUUCAACUCCUACGGCGGCAUGAAGGUGCUGCUCCCGGGGAUCCUGGGCUGGCUGGCGAAGGCGGACAAGAGCCUCCACGUCCGUCUCGCCAAGGAGAUCCGCAGCGCCGUGCUGUUCGAGGGCGGGAAGGUGACGCUCAACGCGGUGGAGAAGAUGGAUCUGACCCGAUCGGUGGUGUACGAGGCGCUGCGCAUGGACCCGCCGGUGAAGUACCAGUACGGCAAGGCGAAGCAGGACCUGGUGAUCGAGAGCCACGACGCCGCCUUCAAGGUGAAGAAGGGGGAGAUGCUCUUCGGGUACCAGCCGUUCGCCACCAGGGACCCCAAGGUGUUCGACGACGCGGACCGGUUCAUCGGUGACCGCUUCCUGGGGGACGAGGGCAAGAAGCUGAUCAAGUACGUGGUGUGGUCCAACGGACCGGAGACGGAGAGCCCAACAGUAUCGAACAAGCAAUGCCCCGGGAAGGAUUUUGUGGUGCUGGUGGGUCGCCUGCUGGUGGUGGAGUUCUUCCUCCGCUACGACACCUUCACCGCCGACGUAGGCACGGUACUGCUCGGGAGUCAGGUCACCGUCACCUCGUUGACCAAGGCCGCCGCCUCCUCCUCCGACGUCUAGUCGUCGGAUCGUGUCCUCCUCGUUGACCAACCCAGCUAGUUGGCAAUAACCGUCGCCCUCGACGGGGUGACUUUCCGUGUUGCUCUCUCUCUCUCAUGAGUGCCUGUUAGGAACGUGCACCGCUCCGCUGUAGUGUCUGUGUUUUGUAUUCAACGAAUAAAUAUAUAUAUAUAUAUAUAUAUAUAUA